AUGGCUCCUCUUCGGAGAUCCUAUGAACAACAGAACGAACUCCUUCCCUUCUGCAGUCGGGUCAUUGAAGCGAUACUUCCAUGUGAAAAUUUCUUUCUCUUGUGCUUAAACAGGAAGGACCGUGAGUUUCGUCGGCCACUCACUGCUGGUGCAAUCCAGCACAGACGGUUCUUAAACUGUGCGCGCUCCUGCAUGACUUGGGAGAUAUUCUGUGAAACUCAAGGGGGAUACACGCCUGGUCGUGUCCGUGAUGAAGCCAACCAAUCAGCGCUUUGGUCGUCCGAUUUGCGCUCGCGUGCUGUUACCGGAACCAAUGGCCAUAUCGUCUGGCCGCGGGCGCAUCCGAACCAGGCAGGAGGUGAGCAGACCAAUAAGAAGGCGAGGAGUCUUUUGUCUGGAAAUAUACCUGUUUACAAGUGCAAAAAGCAAUUUAUUGCCCAUUUUGGAAAUCAGUCCCCAGCAGAUACGAGUUUAUUCUACGGUUUCCCCGGAUUGCGAAACGUACUCAACCGAUUUCCCAAUGGAACCUCACUGUGGGUAUUCCGGGGUCCCUGA